AUGAAACUUGUGCAAGAAGAAUACCGUAAAGGACCGUGGACAGAACAGGAGGACCUCCUCUUGGUCAACUUUGUCCACUUGUUCGGAGAUCGAAGAUGGGAUUUUGUAGCGAAAGUUUCAGGUUUGAAGGUGGAGGGAGAAACAUAAGAAUAGGUUUAAACAGAACAGGAAAGAGUUGCAGGUUAAGGUGGGUUAAUUACCUACAUCCUGGUCUCAAACGUGGUAAGAUGACUCCACAAGAAGAGCGUCUAGUCCUUGAGCUUCAUGCCAAAUGGGGAAACAGGUGGUCAAAGAUAGCCCGGAAAUUGCCGGGGAGAACAGAUAACGAGAUAAAGAAUUACUGGAGGACUCAUAUGAGGAAGAAGGCUCAAGAAAAGAAGCGGCCUAUGUCUCCAACUUCCUCAU